GAAUAGAUGGAAAAAGAGAGAGUCAUCUUUUAGAAAGAGCCAAAACCAUAUCAGAAAAAAAAACUCUUUUAAUCCAAACCAUACCCAUGUACAAAUCCUCUCUUUCUUUCUUCCCUCAAAAUUCUUUUCUUUCUUGGGUUUAAGGAAAUCUUAGAUCUUGUUCUUGUGGGGUUUUAGGGUUCUUGGGACUUACUUUUUUUUUAGAAAUGGGUAAGCGUGGUGGGAAAAAUGGUAACGAAAACUAUGACGGCGUUGGUUUUAAUGGUCAAGGAGGCAGUGGAGUUAGGCCAUACGUACGGUCUCCGGUGCCUAGACUCAAGUGGACGGCGGAUCUCCACCGUUGUUUUGUUAACGCCGUCGAUAUGCUCGGUGGCCAACAUCGAGCUACUCCAAAGCUUGUUCUUAAGAUGAUGGAUGUAAAGGGACUCACCAUUUCACAUGUCAAGAGUCAUCUUCAGAUGCAUAGAGGUUCUAAACUCACUUUGGGUAAACCAGAGGAAAACUCUUUAUUUUCAAUAAGAAGACAGGACACUGAAGAGGAUUAUCUUCAGGACUACUUGUCUUUACACAUAAGGAAUGAUUGUCCUACGGGUUUUCACACCUUUUCUCUUUCUUCACAUUCUUCUAGAGGAAGAAGAAAGGAGCAUACUUCAGAGUCUCGUGGUGGAGAUGAUGUCGAUGACUCUCUUCACAUCAUGAACUUGAAGACGAACGAAACGACGUUUCCAUCACAUCAUUUCCACCAGAAUACAGAGAAGGAGACAAACCCUUGGCACGAACACGAACACGAACACGAACACGAACAUGAACAAGAACAUGAACAUGAAGAAGAAGAAGAACUGUCGUUGUCGCUGUCGUUGAAUCAUCAUCAUUUGAGAAGCAACGGAUCAUCAGUGAGCGAAACAAGUGACGCGGUCUCGACAUGUUCAGCACCAUUCGUCAACAAAGAUUGCUUCGGUUCUUCACCAAAGAUUGAUCUUGACCUUAACCUUUCAAUUUCUCUCCUUGGCAGCUGAGACCACGAAUUAAAUCUUUAUUUAUUAGAUUAGUUGUAGUGAAACAUCAUAAUCUUUCGGUUCAAAAAAAGAAACAUCAUAAUCUUUUGUUAAACUA